AUGGGUCAAGACGAUAGCCCAGAGUUCAAGAAGCUUGGCAUGAUUGGUGUGGGGAGCAUGGGUGGCAUGAUGUCUUUGUUAUACGCCGAGCAUGGUGUUGAGGUUCAUUACUUCGAUCCAAGCGAGGAAAACGUCAAACAACUGCAAGAGCACGCCGAAUCUAUCCAUGAGGAAAACCGAAUUGUACACCAGAAGGACUACAAAGAGCUCUGCGAAAGCAUUUCAUCCCCAGACUCACCCAAGCUUUUCGUCUUCAGUAUCCCCCACGGAUCAGUCGGGGACAAGACGGUUGAAAGUCUGCGUCCAUAUCUUCAGGCAGGCGACAUUAUACUCGACUGCUCAAACGAAGACUGGCGAAACACCGAGCGACGACAGAAGGACCUCGAACCUGAUGGCAUCCACUAUAUCGGCUGCGGAGUCAGCGGCGGGUACCAGAGCGCCAGACACGGUCCCUCCAUGUCUCCCGGAGGCGACGCCGAGACUUUGAAGAAGAUCAUCCCGUUCCUCGAGCGAGUCGCCGCGAAGGACAAGCAGGGUCGCCCGUGUACCACAUGCAUCGGGCCGGGGGGUAGCGGGCAUUACGUCAAGAUGGUCCACAAUGGCAUUGAGCAAGGCAUGAUGUCGGCCAUCGCCGAAGUCUGGUUCAUUAUGAACAAAUGCCUGAAGAUGCCAUACGAAACGAUUGCCGACACGUUCGAGUCGUGGAAUGACAGCGGUCCGCUCCGAGACAACUUCCUGGUGGCGAUCGGCGCGGACAUCAACCGCACCAAAGACGGGGAAGGGAAGUUCGUCCUGGCCAGUGUCUUGGACAAAGUCGUCCAGGACGUCGACAACUCCGAAGGCACGGGCGUCUGGACCUGCGAGGAGACGGUCCGUCUCCACGUCCCCUCACCCACCAUCGUCAGCGCACACCUGUUCCGGCUCGCCUCGGCCGACGUGGCCAAGCGGGCGCGCGUCAACAAGGCGUUCAAGGGCGGCGCGGCACAGCCGCAAACCAUCAAGUUGGAGGUGCCGCACGAGAAGUCCCUGCCGUCGUUCAUCGAGGACCUGAAGCUCUCGCUGUACGGGGCAUUCCUGUGCGCGUUCGUCCAGGGGCUCAGCCUCAUCCGGGCCAAGGACCGCGAGUCGGGCUGGAACCUGGACUACCGGAUGAUACUCCAGAUCUGGCGGGGCGGAUGCAUCAUCCAAAGCGACGGCAUCUCGGACCUGCUCGACAGCGUCCUCUCACAAUCCAGCACCACGCCCGCCGACGUCGUCGACGAGCUUCUCGCACAAGAAACCCUCGCAUCGGAGCUGACGACCUGUCUCGCCCCGCUCAAGAACGUGGUCCUCAAAUCCCUCGCGGCCGACGCCUACAUCCCUUCCCUGUCCGCCACGCUCGAGUACAUCAAAUACUCAGGCUCGACCGAGCUGCCCACGCAGUUCAUGGAGGCCGAGCUCGACUAUUUCGGCGCCCACAGCUUCGACCUCAAGUCCGAGGCGCCGGGCAAACCGCUCAAGGGCUCCCAUCACUACGAGUGGAAGCCGCCCCGCGGCAUCUUUGGCGACAAGUUGGACGGGACGAAAUAG